UCAAAUAACAAAGAAAUGUCAAAUCCACGGAAGGCCCUUUUAGCCUUUUCAAAAAUCUUUUUGCCCAACAAGCUAAAACGAAGCAGCUCCUGCUGCUGCCAAGGAUCGCUUGAAAAGAGAAGAAAGAAGAAGAAGAAGAAGGAAAUGGAGACAUAUGCCUCGUCAUCAUUAUCACAGCUUCAAAUUAAUGAAACCCAAACCCUAAUUCCAGGUCUGCCAAACGACAUCGCAUCACUAAUUCUGUCAUUGAUCCCAUACUCACACCAUGCCCGCGUCAAACCUACUUGCAAAUCGUGGCACACCUUUCUCUCCUCAACCAAAGCCCUAUUUUCACUCCGCCGUCAUCCCCGCCGCUCUAACCACCUCUUAAUAAUCUUCCCGCAGGAUCCAUCCAUCUCUGCUCCUUACCUAUUCGACCCGCAAAACCUGGCUUGGCGUCGACUCCCACGCAUGCCAUGUAACCCUAACGUCUAUGGACUCUGCAAUUUCACUUCCAUUUCGAUGGGCCCUAAUCUAUAUGUUCUAGGUGGGUCUCUCUUCGACACCCGGUCUUUCCCCAUGGACCGUCCUUCUCCAACAUCGUCUGUUUUUCGGUUUAAUUUUGUUGAUUUCUUGUGGGAGGAACUGUGUCCAAUGUUGUCACCGCGUGGUUCUUUUGCCUGUGCGGCGGUACCUGAUUCGGGGCAGAUAAUUGUGGCUGGAGGAGGGUCGAGGCAUGCGUGGUUUGGUGCGGCGGGGAGUAGGAUAAGUUCGGUGGAGAGGUAUGAUGUUGGGAAGGGUGAGUGGGUGGCAAUAGAAGGGCUGCCGAGAUACAGGGCAGGGUGUGUGGGUUUUUUGAGUGGGGAUGGGGAGGAAAGGGAGUUUUGGGUGAUGGGAGGUUAUGGAGAGUCGAGGACGAUUUCGGGGAUUUUUCCUGUGGAUGAGUAUUAUAAGGAUGCUGUUGUGAUGGACCUGAAGAAGAGUGGAUGUGGGAAGUGGAGGGAGGUUGGCGAUAUGUGGAGUGAUGCGGGUAGAGGGAGGCUCGGGAAGAUUGUUGUUGUCGAGGAGGAUGAGGGCCGGCCUGCUGUUUUUAUGCUUGAUGAGAAUGAGAUUUUCAGAUAUGACAUGGCUUCAAACUCUUGGCAGAGAGAGUCCAUUGUACCUCGAAAAGCUCCUCGCAACUCCUCAUGUGGUUUUGCUGUGUUGGAUGGGGAGCUACAUGUAAUGACUUUUCUGCGAGGAGAUGAUUUAGUCAAAACUCAAAGGUCACGGCAGCAGAAGAGGGGAGGAACACUUUUCGUCCAAAUCUAUCAUCCUAAGAAGAAGACAUGGAGAUCACUCGUUACAAGACCACCAUUCUAUCACUCGUUGGAUUUCAAGACUGCAAUUAUGUGCACCAUUCGGCUUUAGACAAUUACAUCUUGUGAAUAUCAUAGUUACAGCCACCCGAUUAAUGUAAUAAUUGUGUUGCCUGAACCUUGCCCUUGGCACAUAGCACAUGGUGGAGGCCAAUGUACAUACAGAAUGAUGAAGCACAGUACGGCACCGGUUUAAUUUUAAAUGAAUGUAACUACAACGUUUUCUUACAUAAA